CUCGGCAGUGACAUCGUUAUCAUAUCACAUUUUACAUAUAUUUCAAUUAUUUUAAUUUGUUAUCAACGUAUUUCUUUUUGUAAAUAAUCAAUUAGGGACAAGAGUUCGAAGCAUCGAGACGUGCCGAGAAGAAAAGAAUGAUACAGACAAUGUAACUGUGUUUACAAAGAGAUUAUGAACGCUCAAUUUCGAUGAUUCAUUUUCACAUGAAAAUGUAAAGGACACAAAUUUUUUCGUGGAAGUACGAAGGAAAGAAUAAUACAUAUAUAGAAGAUAUAGGAAAAAAGCGGUGAAUUUGCGCAACGUCGGACGAUGUGCUAAGUUUCGCGGUUGAAGAAGCCUCGGGCGUCCAACCAGCAGAGCCUUGACAUUUUCUUCGAUUUUUUCUACGUAUCGUUCGUCUACAAACCUUUUCUUCGAUACAUUAGAAAAAUAAGCUGUAAGAUGGACAGACUCGAUUUCAAAUGUUACUUUGCAUUACGAGCUCGAAGAAAGUGAGGUUAGGAUGACAUUAUAGGAUGACGCCGUUUUGAAGAACCAAUAUCGUAAAUUGGAAGAGGAACUAUUUUUUAAUAAGAAAGAUAAUGCAAUUGUAUGAAAAAGAUUAAUUUAUUCAUACACACAGUAAUCUAUAGCAAAUCCAAAUUCGUCUUAUGUAACAUAGUAUCUCAAAAUUUUGAGUGAUCCCAAAAAUCGUACGAGGGAGGAGAAGAUCGAGAAGGAGCCGGCAUGCGUGGUGGUAGAGCGAAGAUCAUAAAAGCUCGUGAGCAAGAGGAUUCAGAUAGUUUUGGUUUCGGAAGUCGAGACAGCAGGAGCUCGAGAUGACCAUAACAACGACCGCUCGUUUGUUGAUCGCCUGCGGCGUCCUCCGCUUCGCGAGCUCGGCCAGCGUACACAAAGAUAGCUGUCCUGAAAAGAAUGGUCGAUUUUCUGUGCCAUCCCAAUGUGACGCUUACAUCGAAUGCAUUGAUGGUAUCCCUGAACACAAAUUAUGUCCCGAGGGACUCUUAUUCAAUCCUAACGUGAGAUUCUCCUAUCCUUGUGAAUAUCCUGCUGGCGUGGAUUGUGAUGGAAGACCUAACCGACAGACACCACAGCCAACUGAGGACUGUCCUCAUCAGUAUGGUUUCUUCAAAAUCGGAGAUCAACACAAUUGUGGUAAAUUCAUGUCCUGUGUAGAGGGGAGAGCACAUGUCUUCCAUUGUCCCGAAGGGUUGGCCUUCAACUCUGAAUCUUAUCGUUGCGACUGGCCUGAUCAAGUACCAGACUGCGAUGUUGAAUCAUUCUUAGGACUCCGGUGCCCAAAUGAUCCUAACGAUGAAAAUCGCCUGUACAAGUUUGAGUUCUACGCCAGUCCUUAUGACUGUCAGCGUUAUUUCGUGUGUGUGAAUGGUCGGCCACGAUUGCAGGUUUGCGAAGAAGGAAAGGCUUUCAGCCAGCUGGAAAACACAUGUCUUCCCGCGCACAACGUCAGUGGAUGUGAACCACUCGGUUUGCCGCAUGAGAAAAAGAAAAUUCCGUUAAUAGGUACAGUUGUAGAGGGAGGAUCAUAGUGAUGACUUUAAUGUACGAAUGAAUGAUUUGCAAAGAUACGUUCAUUUGAGAGUAAAACUAUCAUGAGUUGCUUUCGAGACCAUUUCUCGCAAAUGGACACUACGUUGAGAGUGAAUAUCCGAUUUGAUUGUGGCCAGCAUAGUCGAUCUCAACGCAGUGUCCACUUGCAAGAUAUAUCUCGAGAAAAUAAUACAUGCAAUUACUAUUGUGUGCCACUGUAGAAACUACAAGAAAAUGAGUAAAAUGUAAUAAUGUAAAUACAUGAAUCAUUGAUAAGAAGAACUAUUGUAAAAAUGAUGUGCUUGUAUUUAGCACAAAAUUGUAGACCAAAUAGUUUUCAAAUAAAAAGAUCUGUUAGGAAAAUAACAAACAAUGUA